AUGGAAACUAAUGGAUCUGAGCAAAUAACAAGCAAACAGAUAGCUUCUUCUCCAGGUGACGACAAUGAUCUUUUGUCAUUUGAUGAUAUUGUUACUGUUGUUUGUGUUGAUACUUCUAUAGAGAAAGAGAAUACAGCCUUUAAAGACAGGCAUUACAAUGGCAAUGCUGUAGUAGGUGUUGACAGGGUCCCCAUUCACAAGGUUCCUCAAUCUUUUUACUCCUCUCAAUCCUCAUUUUCGUCAAAAGGCUAUCAUCAAGCUGAUGCUAGCAAAUUGAAGACUCUAUUCGAACCUCCAUUGAAGAAAUCCAAGGGACCAAUUCUUGCAUCACCACCUGUUUCAUCAAUCUUAACAUCAACUGCAUCGACCACCAAAUCAAGUUCCCCAGAGAAAUCCUCAAGAUCUCCAAGUCCUGACUUGAUUCAAUUCACUCCUCCGAAGACUAAGAAGUCUUUCCAUAUUCACGCUCCAAAGCUGAAUCCUAUGGCGCCUACCUUUUCGAGACUGAAUCCUACUUCUUCCACAUUUAUACCCCGCAUACCAGGGGACUUCAAGAAUAAUUUAGCUUUUCGUCACGUCGACGACCCAUCACUUGUUGAAUCCAAGACCAACCCCAGCGGAAGCUUUCAAGCGAUCCUCAGCAAAGAAAUUACCCAAGCAUCUCUCAACGAUAAACUUUCCCUUACUAAGAUUGCAGCUAUGGAGGUGCAAUCACUUUUUCAGGCUGGGGAUGCAGCGGCGACGAUGCUUCCUUUGACAUCUCCUGCUUCACAGCAGUCUGUUGCAUCUCCUCGCUGUGAAUCUCAAAGUUUAACAGUGUCAAACUCACUUGACGACAUUCCUUCCCAACCUACCAAAAAGAAUGACGCAGAUUCUUCCGUUGCUGUACCAUCUAUUCGUAUCAACCAAGGUUCUUCUAACAAUAUUUCUUCGCAAUUUGUCUCUUCAUCUCCGGCGGAUUCUUCCACUGCUGUGUCAUCUGAUCGUCUUAGCCAAGUUCCCUUACCGACUGCGCUUGCCACAAGAACCACUGAUGAUAUGUUCGCAGAACUCAGGCGACCUCUGCAUGUUCACGCAAGCCAAACUCAGGUUGACAACAAACACAGUUCUUCCGACGAUACAACCAGCAUCAAUGAUUUAAUCCGCAGCCGUUCCAGUGACCCCGACCAUGAUGACAUGCCUGAUAUCGAAGAAGACGAUGAGUAUGAACCGAAUCAACCAGCACCAGAUAUCAAACGGCUCUCGGCACGAAAGCAAAAGUAUACUGCCAUAUUCGACACAUUUCUCAAGGAAUCUGUAAAACAACCCAAGACGGAAAAUAUUUCACAUUCCGAUGAAGCAUUGCAGUCCACCAGAUGGUUGAUUGAGCAAGCGGAAAAACAGCAUAUCAUAUCAAGUCCGAGAGAUUAUCAGCUUGAAUUGUUUGAAAAGGCCAAGAACCAGAACAUUAUAGCUGUAUUGGAUACCGGCUCUGGCAAAACAUUUAUCGCAGUUCUGCUACUUCGAUACAUCAUUGACCAAGAGCUUGAAGGUAGAGCCAUUGGCAAACCUAAGCGUGUGUCAUUCUUUUUGGUCGAUUCCGUAACUCUUUGUCAUCAACAACACUCGGUACUCAAGAAUAACCUCAAUCAGCCAACCGAUAUGAUCUGUGGGCUUAUGGGAACUGAUUUAUCUGAUAAAAAAAAAUGGAAGAAGCGAAUGGAUACAAAUAUGGUUAUUGUCUGCACUGCGGAAAUCCUACGACAGUGCUUACACCAUUCAUUUGUCACAAUGAGCCAAAUCAGUCUUCUGAUUUUUGAUGAAGCCCACCAUGCAAAAAAAGAUCAUCCUUAUGCUAGGAUUAUCAAGGAUUUCUAUCGCAAUGACACAGGGGAAACUUUUUCUCUGCCUAAGAUAUUCGGGAUGACAGCAUCACCUGUUGAUGCUAGGGAUAAUGUCGAAAAAGCUGCCGAGGAGCUCGAGGGUCUUCUACACAGUCAAAUUGCUACUGCAGCGGAUCCGAGCUUGAUGCAAUACUCGAUCAAAGGUAAGCCUGAGACUAUUGCUUACUAUGAUCCAUUGGGCCCAAAGUUUGAUACUCCGCUUUAUCAACAAAUGCUCCCACUGUUGAAAGACAAUUCUGUUUUUCGGAAGCCAUUUGUCUUCGGGAGAGAAGCUAGUCGAUCUCUAGGAUCUUGGUGUGUUGACCAGAUUUGGACUUUCUGUCUUCAAGAGGAAGAAUCGAAGAAACUACAGGCAAAGACGGAGCAGGCGCAUCAUAGGAGAAGAGUUCCAGAGCCUUUGGAAGUCCUAGAGAAACACAAAGAUCAACUUCAGGAAGCUAAAGCCAUUAUCAAAGAUUACAACUUUGCACCACCUCACUUCGCGUCAAGAUUAUCCGAUGACCUUGCAACAAAGGUUCAUUACUCGAACAAUCUAUCUACUAAGGUAGUUGCGCUCUUGAGUAUCCUCAAAGACCGAUUUCUACGUCCUACGAAUGAUAAGUGUAUUGUAUUUGUCAGAGAAAGAUAUACUGCCCGACUUUUGGCUUCACUUCUCUCCACGCCUGAAGCCGGCACACCAUUUUUGAAAGUUGCGCCGCUGGUCGGUACCACCUCUGCUGAGGCUGGGGAAAUGAACAUCACUUUCAGAACGCAAACCCUUACCAUGCACAAUUUUCGCAAUGGGGAAAUCAAUUGCCUCAUCGCAACAUCCGUUGCUGAAGAAGGUCUGGACAUUCCUGACUGUAAUCUCGUUGUUAGAUUCGACCUCUACAACACAGUGAUUCAGUACAUCCAAUCGAGAGGUCGUGCUAGGCAUGUUAACUCACGAUAUUACCAUAUGGUAGAGAAUCAUAACGAGGAACAAAUUCGAACGAUAAAAGAGAUCUUGAAACAUGAGAAAAUGCUGAAAGCUUUUGCUUCUGCGCUUCCGGAGGAUCGGAAAUUGACAGGCAAUGAUUUCAACAUGGACUAUUUUCUCAAAAAAGAACGAACUCAUCGAGUCUACACUGUUCCUGGUAGUGGAGCAAAACUCACCUAUAGAAUGAGCUUGACGGUCCUAUCUGCUUUCGUUGAUUCUCUUCCUCAAUCUCAAGAGUCAGCGCUUCGACCCGACUAUGUCGUUACAACCGUCAAUAAACAAUUCAUCUGUGAGGUCAUUUUACCAGAAGAAGCACCUAUACGUGGAGCGAUUGGUCGGCCAGCAACAACUAAGCAGGUGGCCAAAUGUUCGGCAGCUUUCGAAACGUGUUUGAUUUUGCACCAGAAGGGAUACAUCGACAACUUCUUACUCUCUACAUUCAAGAAGGCGGCUCACAUGAUGCGAAGCGCUCUUCUAGCCGUGGAUUCAAAGAAACGAGAGGCUUAUGAGAUGCGCACAAAACCAACUCUAUGGUCAUCUGAAGGGACACCAGGCAUAUUUUAUAUGACUGUCUUGUUUCUUGAGUCUCCGGACAGUCUUGAUAGAAAAUCUCAACCUUUGGGUCUACUUACAAGAUCCCCCUUGCCAGACUUACCACAAUUUGUUCUUCAUUUUGGACGCGGCCGAAAUUCACCAGUCUCGUGCGUGCCUCUCGUUUCCUCAAUGGAGCUCGUAGGACCCGUGCUCGAUCAAGUCAAUAUGUUUACCCUAUGUAUCUUCGAGGAUGUGUUCAGCAAAGCUUACAAAUCGGAUCCAGAUAGUAUGCCAUACUUUCUGGUUCCCAUCACUUGUCUUGGUUCGGUUGGCGACUGGAAAGGCUGCAACCCCAAGUCUAUUAUCGAUUGGCGUACUGUCGAACACGUCCAAGACUUCGAAAAGAAACAGGCUGAUAAACCAUGGGAUCAUAAGCCAUGGUUAGGAAAGCCCGAUGAGUAUUUCAAGGAUAAAUUCAUAAUCGAUCCUUUCGAUGGGUCUCGAAAAUUGUGGUCUGUUGGAAUCACAAGAGAGCACAAACCUUUGGAUCCAGUCCCGCCAAAUACAGCGCCUAGAACAGGAGCAAGAAAGAACAACAGUAACAUCAUGGAGUAUAGUUGUAGUCUCUGGGCGAAGGCUAGAACAAGACGAACUUUUGAUACUGAACAGCCUGUUGUUGAAACAACCUACAUUUCACUUCGCAGAAAUUUACUCGAUGAAUUUGAUGGAACAGAGGUUGAUACCCCAAAGAAAUGUUUCGUUAUUUUGGAACCAUUGAAAGUAUCGCCUCUACCAACUACUGUGGUCGCAAUGGCGUAUCUUCUACCUGCUAUCGUUCAUCGAGUUGAAUCAUAUCUCAUUGCUCUCGAAGCAACUGAAAUAUUGCAUCUCGAUAUCCGUCCUGACCUUGCAUUGGAAGCCGUCACCAAAGAUUCCGAUAAUACCGAAGAGCAUGGUGAAGAGCAGACGAACUUUCAACGAGGGAUGGGCAACAAUUAUGAACGACUGGAGUUCCUUGGAGACUGUUUCUUGAAGAUGGCAACAUCGAUUUCUCUAUACGGUUUAAACCCUGACAGUGAUGAAUUUCGCUAUCAUGUUGAUCGUAUGUGCUUGAUUUGUAACAAGAAUUUAUUCAAUACUGCUCAAAAGUUGGAGCUUUACAAAUUCAUUCGGUCAGCAGGCUUUAAUCGACGUGCUUGGUAUCCCGAAGGCCUUGAGCUAUUGAGAGGAAAAACAGCCAUGGCACCAAACACUCACAAGCUUGGAGACAAGUCAAUUGCAGACGUUUGCGAAGCGAUGAUUGGCGCUGCUUUACUCAGUCAUCACGAAAGCAAAUCCAUGGAUACUGCGGUUCGUGCCGUUACCGAAGUUGUUAAUAGUGACAACCACAAAGCUAUAGUAUGGUCCGAUUAUUACAAGUUGUACGAGAAGCCAAAGUAUCAGCUUGCUGUGGCUACAGCUGCACAAAUAGAUCUGGCAAGACAGGUUGAGACAAAACAUCCAUAUCAUUUUGCAUAUCCACGCCUUUUGAGAUCAGCAUUCACCCACCCAGCUUAUUUAUUUUCUUACGAACACAUCCCCAACUACCAACGUCUCGAAUUUUUGGGCGAUUCGCUACUCGAUAUGGCAUGUGUCAAUUUCCUCUUUCACAAUCACCCGGCAAAGGAUCCUCAAUGGCUCACUGAGCACAAGAUGGCCAUAGUAUCCAAUCAAUUCCUUGGAGCUCUUAGUGUGACAUUAGGCUUUCAUAAGCAUAUGCUUACACUGGAUUCUCAAGUUCAAAAAAUGAUUGCAGAUUACGUCUCUGACAUCACCGAAGCUCUUAUCCAAGCCAAAGCAGAUGCCAAGAGAGCUGGUAAAGCAGAAGAUGACUACGCCCCUGAUUAUUGGAUCACCGUUCGUCAACCUCCUAAAUGUCUCCCAGAUAUGGUAGAAGCAUUUGUUGGUGCCAUCUUUGUCGAUUCUGAGUAUAACUACGAGGAAGUGGAGAAGUUCUUUGAUAUGCAUAUCAAGUGGUACUUUAGGGAUAUGAGUAUCUACGAUACCUACGCCAACAAGCACCCAACCACAUUUCUCACCAAUUUCUUACAAAAACAUAUGGGAUGUGAAGACUGGGCACCAGUGACUCGUGAAAUUCCAGGAGAGGAUGGCCGAAAAAAUGUUGUGAUUUGUGGUGUUAUUGUCCACAAUCAAGUGGUAUCAACUUCCCAAGCUGAGAGCAUAAGAUAUGCUAAAGUGGGAGCAGCGAAGAAAGCUUUGGCGCAGUUGGAGGGCAUGAGUGUUCGAGAAUUUAGAGAGAAGUUUGACUGUUCAUGCAAGGGAGAUGUUAUUGAUGAAGAGGGCAACGUUGAGUUCGUUGAGUUCGUUGAGAACGAGGAUGGUUUGACGGGACUCGGUAUGGGACCGGGAUAUAGAGAAGAAGUUGUUGGUGAAAUCUUGAAAGAAGUUGAGGCUGAUGUGAAUGGAGAAGAAAAGGAGAAUAAUUUUGUGAAAGCUAUGGGAGAGGAUAUGGCGGAGGAUAUGGGGGAACGGGAAAGAUUGGAGAAUGGAAGCAUGGAGUUGUACUAA